AUGCGUUUCAAACCCACCCUCAUCAAAAGCCUCCUCCUCGCCAGCUUAACCGCCGCUCUCCCAAUCCCCAAAACUCCAAAUAACCUAGUAACAAACGGCCUCCACUCAAUCCCCGAAAUCCAAUCAACUCCAGUAACAAACAUAUCUCGUUCACCCCCCAAUGAGAUCUUCUCUAUCGACGCCUCUAACGAAAACCAAGUCGCUACCCACAUCGACGCCUCCGCCAAAAACGAAUUCGCCGCCCACAUGGAGGAACUCAAUAGACGUAUCGCUCAACGGGCUGAGGAGAGAAUUCCUUACGUUAUUGCUAUCUUUAGUGUGUUUUCUGGGACUUGCGUGGUUUUUGGAAUGUGGUUGGAUACGCUUACACCACAAAACCCUCAAAUUGGCAGCUCUGGAACUUGA